ACUAGAUUUCCUUUUUUUCUUUUUCUUUGGACCCUAGUUCUGUUGGGCGUGUGGAAGGCAUCUUUGUGCUGGACGCAUGCUGAACCGGGAGAUCCAAAGGGAAAAUGAGUCUGAAGUGGUUGAGCACCCUAUUACAACAAUCUUGUUGGAUUUCUACCUCGCGUCUCUUUGGAGAGGCGAACGAGUUCAAUGGGAGGGGUGAUCAUUACGGGCGUAAAAACUGUUGUUUUGCGGCUCCUCUUUCUCCUACCCUUUUUUUUUCAAGCCUUUUAUUUUUUAUUGGAGGGUUUCUUUGUAAAAACACCCAUUUUUUUGUUUUGCUGGACCCAUUUGGUCUGGCAGGAUGUUGUACAUAUACUUAUAGUCCCUGUUAUAUUAUAGCUUUUCUACAUGUACUCUCGAGCAUUCUUUUUCUUUUCGCACCUUUCUUGUACUUUUACACUAUUAUCCUAAACUAGUCUAUACUCUUAGUCUCGCGCAAAAAGCAAGUAUACUGUUAUCAAAAGUAUUCAUCCCAUGGUCUCUCUC